CUGGCUCAGAGCAAAGUCAAAGCCUUCUUUAACUGACUGAUCUAUUUCAAACCUGGAGUCUCAAGCUGCAGAAGUGUUUGACACCACGCCUCUCAUGGGAUGCAACCCACUCCAGGCCUGUUGGCUAACAUCGAUACAGUAGAUAACUAAUGAAACUGGACGUGUUUGUGUCUCCUCACUGCUGUAACAACCUAUUUCAACCUGCGUUAGGAAAUAAUAAGUGAAUAAGCAUGUCAAGAGGAGAAAUCAUCGUUCUUAUUUUGUCUUUGCUGUUUGAGGCUUCACUGAACCAACUAUGUGAAAGGGAAACAGACUGUCCCAAAGAAAACCAGGAUGUUUUCAGUUCAUCUACAACAGAAAUCCCAAGCCUCCUGAGACCAGGUGUCACCGAGUUUUUUUUUGUUUCAAGCCCGAUUGCAACAAUCCCCAAAGGAGCCUUUGUUAAAAACCCGCAGCUUGAAAAGGUGGAGUUACUGUCCACCACCACGACAUCUAUUGAAACGGGAGCUUUUGAAGGUUUGGUAGACCUGAAGCAUAUUGAGAUCUCAAGCACUCCAUUAACGUGGAUCCCAGUGAGAGUCUUUAAAGACCUCAGCAACCUAGAGAAGAUUACCCUAAAAUUGAACAAGCUCCGUAGUCUGGAAAAAGGCUUGUUUGAUGGCCUUGACAAAUUAACAGAGCUCCAGUUAAAUGGGAACGAGAUCGGAUCGAUUGAAGAUGGGACAUUUGAUGGCCUGGAGAACCUCUUGGUGCUUCAUUUGGCUAAAAACAAUCUCUCUGCUGUAUCAACCCACUGGUUUUCAAAUUUGAAUAAACUGCAGAUACUACGACUUUACGAGAAUCAGCUGACCUCGGUUCCUGAAGACAUUUUCCAGAAUUUGCCAAACUUGAAGGAAAUUGGCUUGCAUGAACCAAAUCUAUUUCCACAUAAAGACAAACUCAAUAAACUGCUUCUGGAGAAUAAUCUUCUUACAGGUUUGCCUGAAGGAUUCUUCGUUGGCUUCCCUCAGCGUUUUACGCUGACCUUACAGAAAAAUAAACAGACAAGUCUACCACCUGUGCUUUUUGGAGAAAUGCCUAAAUUGACAGAUUUGAGCCUCAGUCAAAACAGUCUUAGCACCAUUCCUAAAGGAGUAUUUAGCCCUCUGAAGAAACUCAAGAAGUUAGAUCUGUCUAAAAAUCAGUUUGUAAAGGUGUAUGCUGAGUACUUUGAAGGCCCUGAGAAGCUGGUAGAUCUGAAUCUACAAAACAACAAGAUAAAGUCACUGGAUGCAGAUCUGUUUGAAAAGCUACAAUCGGUGGUCACACUCAGGCUGGCUCACAAUGACCUCCAUACUCUUCCAGAGGAUAUUUUUGAGCCUUUAUUAAAACUGAAGAAACUUUACCUCAGUGACAACCCGUGGCGAUGUGACUGUAAUCUGAUUCCUCUUCGCCUCUGGAUAAAAGCAAACUCUGACAAGAUUGUGUCUGCUGCUGCCUGUGAGUAUCCAGAACAUCUAAAAGGCCAGAAUAUUAAAUCAUUAACAGAGGAUCAAUUGAUUUGCCCCACUCUUCCCCCCACUACCACAACAUUUCCCACUACAGAACCAACAACCAUCGUUACUGCCACAACACCACUUCUAACAACACCUACCACCACUUUACCAACCACCACUCCCACCACUACACUCCUAACUACAGAACUAACUAGCACAACACCAACAACCACCUUUCCAACCACAACUAUAACAACAACCCCCGUCUUAACCACAACACUAGCCACAACAAUACCAACAACUAAGAUUCUGCAAACAACUACUACAAACAAAUAUUUUUUUCGCCGCAACCACACCCACAACCACUAUAACAACAACCCUACCCAAGACAACCACACGCACUAUUAUGACAACUAUUUUGACAACUGUACCUAUAACCACACACACAACCACUUUAACGACAACUGUACCUUCAACCACGAUAACCGCAACCACUUUUCCAUCCACCACCACCACCACAACAACUAUGUCCACAACCGCCCUUACCACUACCCAACCUACCACCUCCCAAAUAACAACGCCUUUUCCUCAAACCACUCCAGUGAUCUUCACCUGUCCCAUGGAGCCAACCAGUCAGGAGACAUCGCCUUCCUUUACAUAUCAGUACAGAAACAAAGUUCAGGGGUGCAAAUCUCAGAUGAUGAUCUACACCACACUGCUGGUGUUGGAGAUCACUUGCACACUUGUGCUGGCUAG